GCAAGACAACAACAGUGAAAACGAGGUAUGUGGUAAUGUCAGAAGAGAUCUUGAAUAAGUACCCUGAGCUGGCAAUUGAAGGCCAGCCCACAGUUACACAAAGACUUGAUAUUUGCAAUGAAGCAGUGACCCAAAUGGCAAUUGAGGCUUCUAAAGCCUGUAUUUCAAAUUGGGGCAGGCCCAUCUCAGACAUAACCCACUUGGUCUAUGUAUCCUCUAGUGAGGCCCGUUUGCCUGGUGGAGACAUCUACCUUGCUAAAGGGCUUGGGCUUAAGCCCGAGACUAAUCGGGUUAUGCUCUAUUUUGCGGGCUGCUCCGGUGGCGUUGCGGGUUUACGGGUAGCUAAGGAUAUAGCAGAAAACAACCCAGGUAGCAGGGUGUUACUUGCAACUUCAGAAACUACCAUAAUAGGGUUUAAGCCACCAAGUGCAAAUAGACCAUAUGAUCUAGUUGGAGUGGCAUUAUUCGGGGACGGAGCCGGGGCAAUGCUAAUCGGGUCAGACCCAGAUUUGAGUAUCGAACGACCCCUUUUCGAGCUCCACACAGCCAUCCAACAUUUCUUGCCUGAUACUGAGAAGAUCAUAGAUGGGAGACUAACAGAAGAAGGCAUAAGUUUCAAGCUAGACAGAGCAUUACCUCAAAUAAUUGAAGACAAUAUUGAAAGUUUUUGUGGUAAGUUGAUGGAAAACAUAGGGUUAUCAAACAAGGACUACAACAAGAUUUUUUGGGCAGUUCAUCCUGGAGGACCGGCGAUCCUUAACAGGCUCGAAAAACGCCUCGAUUUGUCACCGGAUAAAUUGAUUGCUAGCCGGAGAGCUCUGGCUGAUUAUGGUAAUGCUAGUAGCAACACAAUUGUGUAUGUCAUGGAAUAUAUGAUGGAAGAAGGUGCAAAAAUGAACAAGGAACAUAAAAAUGAUGAUCAAUGGGGAUUAAUAUUGGCUUUUGGUCCUGGUGUUACAUUUGAGGGUAUACUUGCUAAGAAUCUUACUAUAUGAUCAACUAAAAUUUGUCACAUU